AUGAUUGAAGAAGAAAGUGAUGAAUCGGAUGUGGAUUCGAGCGAUUUCUUUGGACUACAUUCUGCCUCAACUGUACCUCAAUUACCCGUGAACUAUAAGCCAUUAACAACAAUUCCGGAUGUUAACUACGGUCCGUCGCGGCCAUCAAAUCGUCUCAGUCAG